AUGACAAGAACCAUAAAACAUUACAGAGCAGUCUUAAAAUUUGUCAAUGACAGACUUGUUGACAGAGAUGACGCCGAUUGGAAAGAUGAAGUCCAACAAAAGUUCUUAGAAUGCAAAGAAGACACAUGCGCUGUUCUUGAAGAUGAAAUAGAAAACAGAAUAGAAGAGCUAUUAAAGGACAAAGAACUUUUACAAAAUAUGGUUCUGAGAAAUUUGACAUAA